CACUAACAGUUGAACAAUCUCAAGCGCUGUUAUCCCGCUCAUAACCUUGACUGUUAGAAGGCGGGCUAUUGCCACUUCCUCUUUUGUGUGCCUAUCUCGUGUGAAGAGAAAGAGAGAGAGAGAGAAAGAGGGAGAGAAAGCAUGUAUUUGUUUGUGCCAUAUGGCCACAAGUAGAACUUGAUGCCAUACGUUAUCCACCACUGGAUAGCAGGCUGCAGAGACUGUGACCACCCUAUGGGUACCCUAGAGACGUUUCAGGCACUAAACAUACCCUGGCCCACCGUGUGACUGUGUUCUGUGGUUAUCACCUUCGUUGACACCUGUUAGUGUGAUAAAUGCUCGCCUGGCGUCCAGAUGGAACUUGCAGGCUCCGUCGGGGGGAAUUCUUCCUCCUCCUCCUCCUCCUCCGAAGGCGACUGUGUGCCCGACCAUGAGUGGGGGCACACCAUGGAGCAGCUGUACACCUGGCUCUAUCUCAUCAUCCUGGUGCCCGGGUUGCUAGGCAACAGCGUGGCACUCUGGGUUCUGUGCCGCUUCAUAAGAAAGAAGACCAAGGCGGUCAUCUUCAUGAUCAACCUGGCGGUGGCCGACCUGCUUCACGUGCUCUCCUUGCCGCUGCGCAUCUACUACUACUUUAGCCACAGCUGGCCGUUCGGCCACGGCAUGUGCAUGCUGUGCUUCUACCUGAAGUACCUGAACAUGUACGCCGGCAUCGCCUUCCUGGUGUGCAUCAGCAUCCAGCGCUGCGCCUUCCUGUGCUACCCCUUCUGUGCCAAGAGCUGGAAGCGGCGCUACGACGUGCGCAUCAGCGCCAUCAUCUGGCUGGUGGUGGGACUGUGCUGCAUGCCUUUCAUACUCAUGAGGUCUAGCACCAGCGACAGUAGUCCCGCCCCUGACGUUCUAUCUACCAAUGGCGUCGCUGGCGACAACGCCCACCACCCGGGCAAUGGCUCCAGCUGCUUCAAGGACCUGCCCAUGCGUCAGCUGAAGCCGCACGUGGCUGUGCCCAUGAUGGCGUUCGCCGAGCUGGUGGGCUUCGUGCUGCCACUCACCAUCGUGCUGACGUGUGCGUGUCUGAUCCGCCGCUCGCUGCGCCGCGCCAAGGGCCUAAGCGCCGGCACCGAUGCCGACACCUGCCGGGCGCUGCGCAUGGUGCGCGUGUGCACCGCUGUCUUCCUGGUGUGCUUUGGGCCGUACCACGUCAACUUCCUGUUGUACAUGAUGGUGUCACAGAAACUGAUCACGCACUGUGGCCUGGUGCUGGUCGUGCAGCGCUUCCACCCGGUCACUCUGUGCAUCGCCAGCCUCAGCUGCUGUCUCAACCCACUGGUCUACUACUUCCUGACCACCGAGUUCCGAGCGCAGCUGGCGCGCCACGGCAGUUCCGUGCUCAGAGGCCGGCUCUUGAGCUUGGAAAGCAGCUCCACGGCACAUGGCUAGCCUUCAGUUUCCACAAGACAAACAAACUGAACUCUCUUUGUGUGUGUGCACCUCUUCUGGAAACAAAUGACUUUGCCCAUCCAUACCCCAUCACAGGGGAAUUAAUUCAAUACUCAAUUUUGUAAUAUAGAAAUAGAAUAGAAAUUGAAAUAGUGGCAUAAUAAUAAUAAUAAUGAUAAUAAUAAAAGAACACGAACACACACACACACACACAUACACAUACAGUGAGUUAAAAUAGAGACAAAUUUGGGAAAUUCAGAAGAACAAAAAUGAAGCAAAAUGCCACGGUGUUAUUUUCUGUAAUUAUUACAGAGCGAAGACUCCCCUACUCUGACAGGGGGUCAAACUGUGAAUGCAAAAAGUGGAUGAGAAAGUCUGCUUCCCACAAGAGGAGGGUUGAACUCUGCUUCCUAAUUGAGGAAGGACAGAUGCAAGGAACACAGCCAGUAUCUGUAAACAUGAACCCUGGGAGAACGCUCCCUUGAUGUGUUGUUGCACUAAACAAACUUCCUUUAAGAUAAAUAAGCAAUGUCUACAAAAAAAUCCACCCCUUCUAAAGGCUUUGGAUUAAAAAAAAAGUUAGAGUUGAGAGGCGAGAUUGAGGGGAAACUGGAAGAUGAAUAGUUUUAAAAACGACACUUUUUUUGUGGUUUUCCAUUUGCUGACCCCAGAAAAUAAUGUUUACCCUCCAAAUUAAGCUUUUAAGCACUGCUGCUAUCUGCUAAACUAUCUGAAAGUAAGUCAGUAGGAAGUCCUUCUGGUACCUUUAUUUAUCUCCGUACUUUCACUGCCAAAUAGGGCAAACGCAAGUGCACACUUGGACCAUCACAUCAUAUGUACAGUCAUGACUGACAACAGGUACCAUGUGUGAGUAUAAAUGACUUUGAAUCUACUUCUCUUCUGGGCUCAAGAUAAAUUGCCAUUUUGAAAAGUACUUCUCGUUUCAUUCUGUUUGGGGCAGAUAAACCAUCCGGUUUCACUGAACAUACAGUACACUCUGAUUCUUAUCCGUUUAUGGUUUAGUCUCUCUCUUCUCUCUCCUCCUGGAGAGUUAGUAUCUCUUCCUCUCUCUCUCUCACACACUCUAUCUCUAAUCUAAUCCAUUAUGCUUGGCAUGACCAUUUUAAAGGAAAUCAUCUCCCUGAAGAAUAGAGCAUAUCACACAUAUCAACAGAUACAAUAGAAAUUUCUCUCUCUCUCUGUAGGUUGGUUGGGUGUACUACUGUAUUCAGUAUUCAUCAUCAUAUCUUGUUUUAUAUACAUUUUUUUAAAGUUGAUAUUGUCUGUUAUACUGCCAUGUCGUCACUCUUCUUUUUUUAUGUAAAAUGACCUUAUACAGGCUGUUCAAAUAAGCUGUUGCAAAAAAAGCCUUUCCAAGCAUUAAAUAUGAUGGCCUGAGUACUCCACUGAAGACCUAAUAAAUAACCAUUUUGUGUGUUUGUAUUGAGUGGUAUUGAUGGUAACAGUGGUAUGGACUAAAUAAAGACAAAUGUUAAGGUAUAUUGUAAA